AUGCUCUUGUCCAAAACCAACUCUCUUGCCCACCUGCAUGCCACGCCCUGCAAUGACCUGCACCACCAGGUGGCGCCCGGCAAGGAGAAGGAUCCCCUGGAGUCACAGUACCAGGUGGGCCCGCUCCUGGGCAGCGGCGGCUUCGGCUCGGUCUACUCCGGCAUCCGUGUCGCCGACCACUUGCCAGUGGCCAUCGAGCACGUGGAGAAGGACCGUAUUUCAGACUGGGGAGAGCUGCCUAAUGGCACCCGAGUGCCCAUGGAAGUGGUUCUGCUGAAGAAGGUGAGCUCGGGCUUCCCCGGCGUCAUUAGGCUCCUGGACUGGUUCGAGAGGCCCAGCAGUUUCGUCCUGAUCCUGGAGAGGCCUGAGCCAGCGCAAGAACUCUUCGACUUUAUCACAGAAAGGGGGGCCCUGCAGGCGGAGCUGGCCCGCAGCUUCUUCUGGCAGGUGCUGGAGGCCGUGCGGCACUACCACAGCUGCGGGGUGCUUCACCGCGACAGCAAGGAUGAGAACAUCCUUAUCGACCUCAGUCGCGGCGAGCUCAAACUCGUCGACUUCAGGUCGGGGGCGCUGCUCGAGGACACCGUCUACACGGACUUCGAUGGGACCCGAGUGUAUAGUCCUCCAGAGUGGAUCCGCUACCAUCGCUACCGUGGCGAGUCAGCAGCCGUCUGGUUUCUGGGGAUCCUGCUGUACGAUACGGUCUGCGGAGAUAUUCCCUUUGAGCACGGUGAGGAGAUCAUCAGGGGCCAAGUUUUCUUCAGGCAGAGGGUCUCUUCAGGGUGUCAACAUCUCAUUAGAUGGUGCUUGGCCCUGAGACCAUCACAUCGGCCUUCGUUCAAAGAAAUCCAGAACCAUCCGUGGAUGCAAGAUGUCCGCCUGCCCCAGGAAACUGCUGAGAUCCAUCUCCACAGCCUGUUGCCAGGGCCCAGCAGACAGCUUCUCGGGCAGGUGCUCCCCUCUCUGUCAGAUGCUCAAGGGAGGGGAAGUGUCUGUUUCCAGCUUCCCAAGUACCAGUGA